GACAGCACUACUUUUCGCGGUCCAACCUCUUCCGGUCCUCUUUCCAGCUUCCCGUGCAACAUGACCAAGAAAAGGAGGAACAACGGACGUGCUAAGAAGGGCCGUGGGCACGUGCAGCCCAUCCGCUGCACCAACUGUGCCCGUUGUGUCCCCAAGGACAAGGCUAUCAAGAAGUUUGUCAUCAGGAACAUAGUGGAGGCAGCGGCUGUAAGAGACAUCUCAGAGGCCAGUGUCUUUGACUCUUACGUUCUGCCCAAGCUCUAUGUGAAGCUGCAUUACUGUGUCAGCUGUGCCAUCCACAGCAAGGUGGUGAGGAACCGCUCCUGUGAGGCCCGGAAAGACCGCACCCCACCACCCAGAUUCAGGCCCGCUGCCGGUGCACCAAGAGCUCCUCCAAAGCCCAUGUAAAGCAGAAUUAAGAUGCUGAACACCUGAGGAAUAAAUUAAAAAUCCUUUUCAAAAUCUU